CGAUGGAGAAGCUGAGCCAAGAGAAGCCGAGCUGAUGGACAGGACGCUGGAAUGGGAAGGCGCCAGGGCUCUCAGAGGAAGGCUUCGCUCAUGUCUACGGGAACAAUCAAGAUGAUUCUGGAAUGUAGACUAUCUGACUGACAUUGGCACGGCGUGCACCCCAACCUUGCUUGCGAUCUUUUUCAUGAGGAAAACAGAUUUAACAUUGAACCUCCACCGUUAGAGUCCUGUCCCUAAUCUGUCUGAUGACUUCAGCUAUGACUCCACGUCUUCCAUGGAUGACUAUGAGAACUUAAACUUGUUGGACUUCUUCUGUAAGAAAAACAAUGUCAGGGAGUUUGCGAGCCACUUCCUCCCGCCCUUGUACUGGCUGGUGUUCAUCGUGGGCACCGUGGGCAACAGUCUGGUCAUCCUCGUCUACUGGUACUGCACCAGGGUGAAGACCAUGACGGACAUGUUCCUGCUGAAUCUGGCCAUCGCUGACCUCCUCUUUCUGGCCACUCUUCCCUUCUGGGCCAUCGCCGCUGCCGACCAGUGGAAAUUCCAGACCUUCAUGUGCAAAGCGGUCAACAGCAUGUACAAGAUGAACUUCUACAGCUGUGGGCUGCUGAUCAUGUGCAUCAGCGUGGACAGGUAUAUCGCCAUUGCCCAGGCCACGCGAGCGCAGACCUGGAGGCAGAAAAGGCUUCUAUACAGCAAAAUGGUUUGCAUUGUCGUCUGGGUAAUGGCGGCCGCUCUCUGCAUCCCAGAGAUCCUGUACAGCCAACUCAAGAGGGAUUCUAACAUCACCAUCUGCACCAUGGUGUACCCUCGUGAUGAGAGUACCAAGUCGAAGUCGGUCGUCUUGACCCUGAAGGUGAUCCUGGGGUUCUUCCUUCCCUUUGUGGUCAUGGCUUGCUGCUACACCAUCAUCAUUCACACUCUGACCCAAGCCAAGAAGUCUUCCAAGCACAAGGCCCUGAAGGUGACCAUCACCGUCCUUACUGUCUUUGUCUUAUCUCAGUUCCCCUACAACUGCAUCCUGUUGGUGCAGACCAUCGACGCCUACGCCCGGUUCAUCUCGAGCUGUGCCGUUUCCAUCAACCUUGACAUCUGCUUCCAGGUCACGCAGACCAUUGCCUUCUUCCACAGCUGCCUGAACCCAGUCCUCUAUGUGUUUGUGGGCGAGAGAUUCCGCCGGGAUCUUGUGAAGACCCUGAAGAACCUGGGCUGCAUCAGCCAGGCUCAGUGGGCCUCCUUUGCCAGAAGAGAGGGCAGCUUGAAGAUGUCCUCGGUGCUGCUGGAGACAACCUCAGGGGCUCUGUCCUUGUGAGGGACCGUCUCGCAGGGGUGGAUGGUCCCUUUGGAAGUGACAAUAAAUACAGAUACAGCUUCCCCACUGAUGGGACCAGAGGGACACCCCAGAAGAAAGAGGAAGUGAGAGAGAGACAACUCAGAAAGGAAUAAUUGGAACAUUAUUAGUUUGAGUCAGAAUUCGCCAAGCCAGAUUUUUUCAAAACUGCCUAGCCAUCCCGGGGCAGCAUCCCGGGUCUGCUGGCUCCUGGCUGCCAUGCCUGCGAUUUUCAGAGAACUGAUGGACAGCAUGCAAGCUCCCCCGGCUCCCCCUGGCCUGAGCAUUCAUGCAUCUGAUCUGAGGCAUCUGAGAUUCUCAGAGCAUCGCGAGUUGCCAUGGUUUCAGUUCUGCAGCCAGCCCUUCCAAAGCAGACACCGAGGCGUUGACCACUGCACGUAGUCCACAAAAGCACAAGAUUUCACGGAAACUUCCAUCUUUGGGGAGUUUCUGUCCUGUUUUUGAGGCUGAUGCCUAUGCCAGGUCUUACAGAGUCUUAAUCUAGAAUCUUUCCAGACAACUCAGAUCCAGUCCCCCCGGGUCUCCUUGAUCUGCUCUGGGCCAGGGAGGGUCCUUGUUCCUGUUUAGAAAUGAUCUGCAGGACUGGCCACUGGGCUGGGCGACUGACCAUCCCAGCAAGUCAUCUGGGUUCGGUUGGCUUCCAACCCAUUUCUGUGUCCUGCCGGAGGCCCUGCGAUUCCACACCUGCCUCAGGGCUGAUGUGGCGAGGAGCCGGCUUGCCCACCGGGGUCAUGGAAACGAUCUCCUCAGCCCGUGCAGGGAGGACCAGCCCCGGGUCCCCCGUGGGCUCGCUCGGCUCAGUGGCUUUUGUGAGGGUUCACUUGGCUCCCUGUAAAUGGGCUGGUCCACCGGCCCUCUCGUUGCUGAGGCUGCUGGGAGGACAUCGGCCUCCAUGCUUCUCCUUGCUUAGUGUAUAGAGCUAUCACGUUUAAA